AAACACAUGUUUUGCGCACGGAUCACAUAAUUUUGAAUCGAUAUAUAAAUACGAAAGCGCGAAUAUUGAACUUAUUAGACAUACUCUGAGGACAUACUACGACGAAUUAAAAAUGCCAGGACCUUGUAACUGCAGCGAAACAAAUGUUUGUAUCUGUGCCACUGGGUGCAGCGGUGAGGGUUGUCGAUGUGGUGACUGUAAAUGUUCCGGUUGUAAAGUAGCUUGCAAGUGUUCAGGUAGCUGUGCGUGUGCAGGAGGAUGUACUUCAACGUGUAAAUGUGAACCUGGUUGCUCCUGCAAGUGAAUAAAAAAAAACAAUAUACUCGAACUUAUUCAACGCAUCAAACCAUUCAUUUUGUAUUAAAAUUUCAUGUUCAACUA